UUACUAAAAACUUAAAUUUAUCGUCUGCCUACCAUGUGAAAAAUUUUUUCUGAAAUAUUUGAAUGGUAGUAAAAAUGACAAGUUCUGUGUCUGACAGUGCUGUCAAAUGCAGGCAGGAUUCUUCAUCUAUUUUAGACGUUAAGGAAGACGGGGGGACUUUAAAAAAAAUCGACGAAACUUGGAAAAGGAAGAAAAAAAAAGAAACCUCAGGAAUAAGAAGAUUCUUUGAAAGGGGUUGGUGCAAAGAAAAUAUCAACGAGAAUGGAACUGAGCUGAACUCAGAAGGUAGUGAAGAUCAGCAAUGUAAGUACCAGCAGCCACGUUGUUCUCUCAUCAAAAAAGCUGAGAACAUUGUGUAUGGCUGA